AAUUUCAAUUUUCCAGCUUCCAAGAAAUUGCAUGUUUCAAUUCAACACCCCUCAAUUCAACACCCCUCUCUCUCUCUCUCUCUCUCUAAAACCUCGAUCCAUCAGCAACCAUGGCGGCGAUCAAUCCAAAACCCCAACUGGCUCUCCUCGUUUUCAUCCUCUCCACCCUCUCAAUCUCCGCAAUUUCUCAACCCUCCGAUGAACCCCCAACUGUCUACGAAAUUUUGCCCAAAUUCGGACUCCCAAGCGGCCUCUUACCCGACACCGUCAAGUCCUACUCUCUCGACGACGAUGGAAACUUCGUGGUCGAUCUAGACAAGCCAUGUUACAUACAGUUCGACUACUUGGUCUACUACGAAAAGCGAAUUACAGGGGUGCUCAAGUACGGCUCUAUCACCCACCUUGAGGGCAUUCAGGUUCAAAAGUUGCUCUUGUGGUUCGAUGUUGAUGAGAUCAAGGUUGAUUUGCCUCCCUCCGAUAGUAUUUACUUUUUGGUUGGGUUCAUCAAUAAGAAACUCGAUGUUGAUCAGUUCAAGACCGUCCAUUCUUGCCGCAAAAAGGCCACAUCUUCGAAUCGGGUUAUUGAGCUUCUGACUCCCGGUGAGGACAUUCAAAUGCUGAUUACGGAGUAGACAACCGGAAAUGUUUCUGUUAUUGAGGAAAUGUUUCAAAUCAUCUCUUUUUUUUUUCUUUUCUUUUUUCUUUCUUUGUAUUUUUGAAGUCCAGGACCCAAAAGCUGGUUCAGCUGGAAGAUGGGUAAUCUGAACAAACUAUAUGGGUGUAAUAUGUAAAUAGGACAUGUUAUCAAGCUGAAGCUCUUAAUGUACUCUACUUAUAACUAAAUAAAUAACCCCUAAAAGUGGGAAAUAUUGUCAUA